AAAAGCACAAAAAUAUGCUACAGCCAAUCAAAGGGAUCACAGAGUCGUUACAGCCAAUAGGAACUAAAGAAACAUUUUGCGAAUUAAAUACGACCAAUGAGCGUAAAAGAAAUGUGGGUUAAAUUUUUUUGAAUGAAGAUUGAAUGAAUAAAUGGGAAUGAAAAGAUAGAGAGAGCAAGGAGUUAAAACAUCAAAGGUUAAUUUUUUUGCUAUAAAAAAUGGCUGAGGUCCAAAUACCGAUCAAACUGGAGACAGAUGGCGAGAAAGGUUACCCAGACGAUAUAAUCGAAAAGAAGAUAUUGUCGCCGUGCCGUGUUUGCGGUGACAAAUCGUCCGGCAAGCAUUAUGGCGUUUAUACUUGUGACGGGUGUCGUGGUUUUUUCAAACGUGCCGUACGACGAAACUUGAUGUUCCAAUGUAAAGAAAACGGAAAUUGUCAAGUGGAUGUUGCUCGACGUAAUCAGUGUCAAGCGUGCCGCCUGAGAAAAUGUUAUGAAGUUCAAAUGAACAGAGAUGCUGUACAACAUGAGAGAGCCCCGCGUAACGCCAACAACAACCAACAACAACAAAACAACCCAAAUCACAUGGUACAAAUGUCUCAACAGCAGCAACCACAACACAUGCAAUCCAACCAAAAUAACCUCAAUUUUAUGAACUUCGAUCAACCAUUUCAAACGCAGCAACAAGCACGAACUUUUAACAAUAAUUUUAAUCAGUUUCCAAUGAUGACACAAACAACAAACUUCUCUCCGCCGCAGACUCCCGAAGACGAAAAUAAUGAUCAUAAAAGUGGUUUCAUGAACAUCGCCUCACUUCUUCAAGCUGCUAACGGACUAGGAAAUCCACAUAUAAAUGGACUUGGGGCUGGACCAACAAGUCCAUUCUCGUUAUGUGAUAAGAUGAAUGUGAAUGGGAUGGAAGAUGUUACCGCAGAUGUGAACGGAGAUUUUGGAUUACCACCGUUGAUCAAUCCGGACAAAAUCUACGAAUCUUCUGUCCGUAUUUUAUACAUGUCAAUAAGUUGGGCAAGAAGUAUACCGACUUUUUUAGAACUUCCAUUUGCCGAUCAAGCUUUACUUCUUGAGGAAUGCUGGAGUGAACUUUUUUUACUUUGUAUGAUACAAUGCUCGUUGCCCAUGGACCUCGGCGUAUUGCUUACGGCUGCCGGUGCUCACACUGAGAAAUCAACGAACAAAGUAGGGAACAGCAUGCAAGACUUAAGAAUUCUUCAGCAAAUCGUACAACGCUUUCAAAGUUUAUCGAUUGAUUCGACUGAGUACGCUUGUUUGAAAGCUACAGUGAUGUUUAAGCCAGAUCUGCAAGGUUUACGCUGUGGUCAAUACGUGGAGAACUUACAGGAUUAUGCUCAAAGCAUGCUGGGUGAAUACGUACGGACUGCUCACCCCAACAAUCCUGCUAGAUUCGGAAAACUUUUGUUACUUCUGCCUUCACUUAGAUCUAUUCGGCCGAAAACUAUAGAAAACUUAUUUUUCCUUGGAGGAAUUGACCCAUUACCCUUAGAGAAAAUGUUGUGUGAUAUGUUCAAGCCAAGUUAGCUGGAACAACGUCACGAAAUUUAUACGUUGAAAUUUUCUGUACCUCUUUUAUGUAUAUAUUUGCAUUUUUUACGCUUUGUUACCCUAUUACUAAUUUAAAAAACAUCA